CAUCGUCUCCGUUUUAAUGAAUCAGCUGAUCUCAGAGCAGUUUUAGGUAAAGACAGUUCAUGUGUUUCACAACAGCCGGUUCGACUUUUCUGUCAGUAGUUUCAUAUGUGAGCACAGAGGCUGUGUGUCUGUGUGGAGACUGAAGGAGGGCGUUAAAGAUGUUGGGGCUCAGGUGCAUUGUGGGCGAUCUGCGUGCAGGAGGAAGACUCCUGAGAAGUCUCCCUCACAUCCAGAAGACGUCCAUGUCCUCGCUGAGCCCACAGAGUCGACCCAUCAGACUUCCUCUUCCUCCUCGUCUUCCUCAGGUGACCCGCAGGUGUUUGAACUCGUCUGUGUCUUCUGCUAAAGUGAAGCUGAGGACUCGUCUGGCGGUGACUCUGCUGUUCGGCGGCGGCCUGCUGGCCGUGUGGUGGUACGUGCACUCGGAGAAGCAGCAGAAGUUGCGUCGGCAGCGGGUGGAGCAGCUGCAGCAGGUGGCUCUGGGUCAGGGCACCUUCAGCCUGCUGGACCACCGGGGCCAGCGCAGGACCAAGAAGGACUUCCUGGGCAGCUGGGUCCUGCUGUACUUCGGCUUCACACACUGUCCUGACAUCUGUCCCGACGAGCUGGACAAGCUGAGCGCCGUGGUGACGGCUCUGGACCAGGACGCCUCGCUGCCACCCAUCCAGCCCCUUUUUAUCACUGUGGACCCCGAGAGGGACGACGUGGAGGCGCUGGCCCGCUACGUCAAAGACUUCCACCCCCGUCUGAUCGGACUGACGGGGACAGAGGAGGAGGUGAAGCACGCGGGGCGGGACUACAGGGUGUAUGCCAGCCCGGGACCCAAAGACGAGGACGGAGACUACAUCGUGGAUCACACCAUCCUGAUCUACCUCAUCAGUCCUGACGGGCUGUUUCUGGAUUAUUACAACAGGAUGAAGAACCAGGAGCAGAUCAGCGAGAGCGUCAGGAACCACAUCAACAACUACGUCACACUGUCAGCUGAGAGUUAGAGUUUCUGUCUGGAGCCACAUCAACAACUACGUCACACACUGAAGACUCAAACUAUAGAUUCUGUUUUGAGUCCUGGAACACUGAAACUGUGAGAGCUUCUUCAGCUUGUGCAGUGACCUGAAACUCUAAAUCCUUCUUAAUUUAAAAUAUAUCCUCUUUUGUAACGCAGGUGGAAUUCAUGCACUCCUAUUAUUAAAAUCAUGUUCUGAAAAAUGAUUUGUGAACAUUAAUGUUCAGAACAAAGCAGUGAAUAUUCUGUCAGUGUUUCCAAAUGUCGGAUGUCAAAGAGCAGAAACAGAGUCGGAGGGUUUCAUGGUUUUUUUCUCCAUCUGUCUGGUCCCAUGUGAUCAACCUACUGUUUAUUUAUCCUGCAGUAAUCAGUGUGUAGCUGCUGACAUGUUGAGGCAGAGGGUACUGUCUGUAGCUCUGGUUGAGGGUGAGAGGCUGUCAGCAGAUAAACAGAGAUCUGUGUGGGUACAUGAGACCCUAAAAAAGAGGCUGGAUCAUGGGGAGUACCACCAGUUG